AACCUGUCGUUCCGUUGAUUGUUUCAGCCGAGAAAUUGCCGAACGGUUUCCCGUUAAUAUCUCAAGCGCCAACGACCAAGGUGGUCGAGAUGGGCCAUAACGCGGUGCUCCUGUGCACGGCCGUCGGUUCACCGCCUCCGAUCAUAUCUUGGGUGAGAGAUAUGCUGCCCAUCGACACCACCAAUCCACGCUACACCGUUUUGGACACGGGGGCGUUGCAAAUCACCGGAUCCGACGUGAACGAUCAAGGAAAGUACGAGUGCGUGGCGAACAAUUCGGUGGGCACCGAGUAUUCGAAAUCCGCCAUGCUGUACGUGAAAGUUCGACGCGUCGCGCCCACUUUCUCCAUACCGCCGCCCGCUGUCAGCGAAGUGAUGCUCGGCGCUUCUUUGAACCUGACCUGCGUCGCCGUCGGAUCCCCGAUGCCGUACGUGAAAUGGAAGAAAGGCCCGUCCUUGGAUCUCACUCCGGAGGACAACCUACCAGUUGGUAGAAACGUGCUGAUGCUCACGGACAUCAAGGAGACCGCCAACUAUACUUGCACCGCAGCCAGCGAUCUCGGCGUCAUAGAGGUUACGUCGAUGGUGAAAGUUCAAUCUCUGCCUGGGCCCGCGGAGAACGUUCAAGUGUCGGACAUCACGGCAACAUCCGUGAAGCUGACCUGGUCUUACAAAGAUCCGGACGAGGUCCAAUACUACGUGAUACAGCACAAGCCGAAGCACGUGAAUCAAGCGUUCGCCGAGAUAUCGGGCAUCACCACCAUGUACUACCACGUGCGGAGCCUCAGCCCUUACACCGAAUACGAACUUUACGUGAUAGUCGUGAACGCAAUUGGGCGUGGUCCCCCGAGUGCCCCUGUGACGGUCACCACUGGAGAAACGACGGAAUCGACAAAUGGAGGUGCCAAACCGGGUACCGCACCGCGGAAGGUUCAGGCCCGGCCAUUGAGCUCGAGCACGAUGGUCAUACAAUGGGUCGAGCCAGAGACACCGAACGGACAAGUGACGGGUUACAAGAUAUAUUACACGACGGAUCCGAAUCAACCGAUGGCCUCCUGGAAGUACCAGAUGGUGGACAACAAUCAACUGACCACCAUCUCGGAUCUGGACACCCACACCAUAUACACGAUACGAGUGCAGGCGUUGACCAGCGUCGGUCCCGGUCCAUUGAGCACACCUGUCCAGAUUAAGACGCAACAAGGGGUACCGAGCCAACCGGAGAUGUUGACCGCGAUAGAUAUCGGGGAGACCACGGUAACCCUCCAGUGGAAUAAACCUAUUCAUAGCGCGGAAAAUAUUCUCAGCUAUGAAUUGUAUUGGAACGAUACUUACGCUCAGGAGAAGCAUCAUCGCAGGAUACCGGUUACCGAGAACUACACGUUGACGGGCCUCUAUCCGAACACCCUGUAUUACGUUUGGCUGGCCGCCCGGAGUCAACGGGGAGAAGGAGCUACGACGAUACCGUAUCCGGUUCGCACGAAGCAGUACGGAUCGACUCUCCCCGGGGCUCCGCCUCGCAAUGUAAGCGGAGAAGCGGUCAGCCCGACCUCCAUACGGGUAACAUGGGAACCACCGCCUGCCGAUCGAUCGAACGGAAGGAUCGCGUACUACAAGCUGCAAGUGGUCGAGAGCGGACGCUCCGACUCAGAGGCGAAAGUUAUCAAACUGAAUGACACGCAAUUCGUGUUGGACGAACUGAAAAAGUGGACCGAGUAUCGGAUUUGGGUAUUGGCCGGGACCAGCGUAGGUGACGGACCUCCGAGUUAUCCUAUCUCUGUCAGAACUCACGAGGACGCUGUAAAAAUGCCGGGUGAUCCUCAAGACGUGAAAGUGACGCCGAUCAAUUCGACGGCGAUACACGUCGAAUGGAAACCGCCAAAGUCGAAAGAGCAAAACGGCGUGAUCAGAGGUUAUCACAUACACGUGCAAGAAGUGAGGGAAGAGAUGUUUCGUUUCGUUUUCCAGGGGAAGGAUCUGUUGAACGAGCCGAUACGACGCGACGUGCACGAAGGCGUGCUGGAAGUGAACAUUACAGGGUUGCAACCCGACACCAGAUACUCGGUACAAGUGGCCGCUCUGACAAGAAAGGGAGACGGCGAUCGUUCGCCGCCGGUUCACGUCAGAACUCCCGGAGGUGUGCCCAACAGGCCUCACGUUAACGUAAAAGUUUUGUCCCGAGAUCCCGAGCUGCUGGAGCUCGAGUGGUCGCAACCCACGCAAACGUACGGCGAUCUAUUGGGGUACAGGAUAAGAUACGGGAUUAAGAAUCAAACGUUGAAGGAGGAGUUUAUACAAGAUAUUCACCAACACACGUAUAAAAUCACCGAUCUCGGGGAGAGAGGCGUGGAUUACGAGUUCAGAGUGGCCGGGCAGAACGCGAUCGGGUUCGGCCAGGAGACCGUGCGAUACUGGUUCAGCCCCGAAGGAUUACNCACCGGCGCCCCGACCAAUUUAUCCUACUUCUUCCAAACACCGGACACCGUGUGCGUAACGUGGGACAUGCCUCUCCGAGAGCACAGGAACGGCCAGAUAAUCGGUUACGACGUCCAAUUCAACAAGAAGAACGAUCACUCGACCACGAUUAACCGGAACACGACGACGACCGCGGUCGAGGAUCUGGACGAGUGGAAGCAAAAGACUAUCGGCCUCACCGAGUCCGCGGAUCUGGUCAAUUUGGAGAAAUUCACCCAGUACGCGAUCACCGUGGCGGCCAGGUACAAGACCGGUUUGGGAAGGCUCAGCGAGAAGGUGACGGUUAAGGUGAAGCCGGAAGACGUCCCCCUGGAUCUGAGGGCGCCCGACGACAUGAUCGCGGGCAAGGGGGCCAAGCAGGAGAGGGAGAACGCCCCGUACAUCGCGGCCAAAUUUCCGCACAGGGACAUCCCGUACACGUUCCAUCUUGGUAGCGGAGAUAUAUACGACGGUUACGAGAAUCGUAGACUCGAGAAGAACAAACGGUACAGGAUUUUCGUUCGCGCCGUGGUCGAUACGCCGAGAAAGCAUUUGUACACCUCGUCGCCUUUCUCCGAAUACUUGUCCCUCGAUAUGAGGGAAGUACCGCCCGGCGAGCCGCCUCGACGUCCCAAUCCCAACACCCCGGUCGAUGGAAAUCCGGAAGUGUCGGUGAAAACGAGCGGACAGGAGCCGGGGAUGGUGUGGGUGGUCGGGCCGAUAAUAGCCGCUUUGAUGGUCAGCGUGUUCCUCGUCCUUCUUUUCGUCAUUAAAAAACGAAGGCAACCCUGCAAGACACCGGAUCAGGCGGCCGUCACUCGGCCAUUGAUACCUGCCGACAUCAGCUCGAAUCACGCCCCAUCCGACCCGGUCGAAAUGCGGCGUUUAAAUUUCCAAACGCCGGGCAUGGUGUCCCAUCCACCGAUCCCGAUCACCGAGCUGGGCAAUCACAUCGAGCGGCUGAAAGCGAACGACAAUCUGAAGUUCAGUCAGGAGUACGAGUCGAUCGAGCCCGGCCAGCAAUUCACGUGGGACCACUCGAACAUGGAGGUGAACGCCUCGAAGAAUCGUUACGCGAACGUGAUCGCGUACGACCAUUCGAGGGUGAUUCUCCAAACUAUCGACGGUAUGUCGGGUACGGAUUACAUAAACGCCAAUUACUGCGACGGAUAUAGGAAGCAGAACGCGUACGUGGCCACCCAAGGCCCCCUCCAGGAAACGUUCGGGGAUUUCUGGAGGAUGUGUUGGGAGCUGAGGUCGAGCACGAUCGUGAUGAUGACGAAGCUGGAGGAGAGGACGAGGAUAAAGUGCGACCAGUACUGGCCGAGCAGAGGAUCCGAGACUUACGGUUUGAUGACGGUCACCAUCACCGACGUUCAAGAGCUCGCCACCUAUUGCAUCCGAACCUUUCAAAUAUCCCGAGCCGGCUACUCCGAGAGGCGGGAGAUGAAGCAAUUGCAAUUCACCGCUUGGCCGGACCACGGCGUGCCCGAGCAUCCCGCGCCGUUCCUGCAAUUCUUGCGCAGGGCGGGCGUCGGGCGGACCGGUUGCUUCAUCGUCAUCGACUCGAUGCUCGAGAGGAUCAAACACGAAAAGAUGAUCGACAUAUACGGCCACGUAACUUGUUUACGCGCUCAAAGGAACUACAUGGUCCAAACCGAGGACCAGUACAUAUUUAUCCACGACGCGCUUUACGAGGCCGUGAUUUGCGGCAACACCGAGGUACCUGCUAGAAACUUGCACUCCCAUAUCCAGAAAUUGAUGCAACCCGAGAUCGAGAGUAUCACGGGCAUGGAGUUGGAGUUCAAGAAAUUGUCCAACAUCAAAGUGGACUCGUCCCGGUUCAUCUCGGCCAAUCUUCCCUGCAACAAACACAAAAAUCGAUUGGUACACAUUCUGCCGUACGAGUGCACCAGAGUUUGCUUGCAACCGCAACGGAACAUCGAAGGAUCCGAUUACAUAAACGCCAGCCUGAUCGACGGGUAUCGGUACCGAGGCGCCUACAUAGCCACUCAGGGACCCCUUUGCGACACGACCGACGAUUUUUGGCGAAUGCUCUGGGAGCACAAUUCCACCAUAGUUGUCAUGUUGACGAAAUUGAAGGAGAUGGGGAGGGAGAAGUGCCAUCAAUAUUGGCCGUCGGACAGGUCGAUUCGUUAUCAAUGCUUCGUCGUCGACCCGAUCGCCGAGUACAACAUGCCCCAGUACAUCCUCCGAGAGUUCAAGGUGACGGACGCGCGAGACGGGGCGAGCCGUACCGUCAGACAGUUCCAGUUCAUCGAUUGGCCCGAGCAGGGUGUCCCGAAGUCCGGGGACGGGUUCAUCGACUUCAUCGGACAAGUGCACAAAACGAAGGAACAGUUCGGCCAGGACGGCCCGAUCACCGUGCAUUGCAGCGCUGGCGUUGGGAGAACCGGCGUUUUCAUCACUCUCAGCAUCGUGUUGGAACGCAUGCAGUACGAAGGGGUGGUCGAUAUUUUCCAAACAGUGAGAAUAUUGCGCACGCAACGACCAGCCAUGGUUCAAACCGAGGACCAAUAUCAAUUCUGUUAUCGCGCCAGUUUGGAAUAUUUGGGUUCUUUCGAUCAUUACGCCAACUGACAACCCGAUACUCGCGAGGAAAGGGAAUCGACGAGGGACAGAAGAGAUCGGCAAAGGAACGAGAGAGACGGUGAACGGGCAAAAGUGCGCCGCGUUUAAUUAACGAUUGAUUAAAAUACUUGAGAAAAAGUAUGUAAGUUUGUAAGUAUAUAAAGCCUGUACCAUGUUCCCACGGGCAAAACGUACUAUACGUAGUACCUUCCGAUGACAAAUACAAGUAGUAGAAAGGCGAUAAAUUAUUAAUCUGUCGAGCAACUAACAACGUAGUAACCAAAUAUCUUAUAGUCAAUGGUGUCGCAACAAUCUCGAGAUACGCGGAAACGUUUCGCUUUUAUAUCGGCGCGGUAUCGUGCUAAUACCACGAUUUACCAAAAUUUCAAAAAUUCCCAAAUAAGA